GUCUGGACGACAGAUCACUUCGAGCAUGCCCCGUCCGGGAAGGUGCAGAGGUGGUGCCACAGAGGGAUCGCUAUCUUCGAGAGUCCCUGCAGUUGUUCUCUCAGUUCUGUAACAUCAUUGGUUCUUUGGAAGUGCAGUUUGCCACGAAAUUUGGCCCGUCUGAUCACUCUACGCCCAAUGCGACACACCAGGCCUUGAAUGCAAUGGCCUCUCGUGGUGCAGGGCUCUACGGUGUCUUUCUGAAGGGCAUUAUCGACAAGAUGGAUGCUGAUGCGUGCACCGUGCCUAGACCACUGCCAGUGGAGACUGAUGUUUACUCGUUGCGUUACUACAAGGUCGUGCAGAACCGCACGGAGGUUUACGACAUUGUGACUCGCGUCUUCCACCGGAAGGACGGUUGGGAGGAACUCCCCCAUGGACUGGGUCUCUCCAACGCAUGGAACCUGUGCUGGACAUGGAGCAAACCAAAGCUGGACUACUCUCGUCUGUGUGUCUGGCAGAAGGUCAAUCACUUUCCCGAGAACAAGCACUUGACGCGCAAGGACUUUCUGAAGCGAUGCAUCGACAGAUACACGAGAACAGGUGGAAAGUUGGGUCAGUACUUCAACAUCUGUCCGAAGACCUUCGUACUUCCGAAAGAGUAUUGCCUGUUCAUUGAGUGCUUCACCAAGAUCGCUGAGGAGAACGGGGAUCUGGAGGGCAGUAGCCCUCCGUCUGGAGUCAAGGUUCCGAACAUGUGGAUCAUGAAACCUGCCGGCAGCAGUCGCGGCAGAGGAAUUCAGGUUAUCAACGAUGUGAGUGCUGUCCACUACGGUGAGCUUACAAUUAUCCAGCAAUACAUCAGUGAUCCGUUCCUCUUGGGCGAUUUCAAGUGGGACAUGCGCACAUAUGUGACCGUGACCUCUUUUAACCCGUUGGAGGCGUUUGUUUAUAAAGAUGGCUUCGCUCGAUUCACAACGGUGCCGUACAACACCAGCUCCGAUGAUAUUGACAACAAGUUCGUGCACUUGACGAACUCGUCUAUACAAAGGCACAACGAAGAGCAGUUCAUGCAGAAUGAUGACAACAUCAAAGACAUGACUCGACGAGAAGAGGCAAUACUUGGAGGAACGAAAAUUUCGUUUCCAAUGCUUCGAGAGCGGCUGGAAGCAAUGGGAGUCGAUUGGGCUACGGUGUGGGCGAAGAUGGUCGAGGUAAUUCUGAAGUCCUUGUGCAUGGCGGAGGAUUUCAUUCCGAACCAGGUGAACUCGUUCGAGCUUUUCGGCUAUGACCUGCUGAUGGACUCGAAAAUGAAGGUUUGGCUUAUUGAGGUGAACUCUUCACCUUCUAUGGGUCAGGAGCAUUUGUUGGAUGAGCACGUCAAGCAGCCUCUCAUUAGCGAUACCAUUGACUUGGUUGAACCGCUUGAAUUUGACAGGCGCAGGCUGGCAGAGGUUCUGCACCGCCGGGUUGAGCGCAAAGCCGCGACAGGAGCAACGGGUGGCCGGCAGCAGUUGGACAUUGACCUUCACGCGGUGUUGAAAGGGCAGCUUCCAAGGAAGUAUGGUGACAUGCCACAAUACAUGGGCAAUUACGAGCGAAUUGCACCAAGCGAAGCUUGGGACAGCAUGGUUCGCACGAGGAGCCUUUUAUUUAACAGGGUUGGGUCCUCGAACUGA